AUGCCUAGAGAGAGAGAACUGAAGGCUUGUUUCUCGCAGUCGUUUGUGCAAUGUUGUUCCAUUCCUUUGAACCCAAUUAUAGAAAAUCCUGAGAAUGAGUCUGCAUGGAAACUGCUACUACUAGUGCCACGUCUACUUCUGCAACCCGUUUCACGAGGAGGAAAAUCAGGUUAUAAAGAAGUUGAGAGACGAUUUCGGUUAUUCAAAGAAGAGAAGUGGGGAGAAUUAUUUCAUAUUACAAAACGUUCUGGUUGCAAGCGUGAAGUCGUCGCAGAUUCCGACUUGAAAACGAGAAUUUCAACAAAUUCCGAGUCUCAUCUUGUCAGUUCCGUUCUGAACAAAAUCAAAUUCGGUGCUCUUUCUAGAGCUGCCAAUAUAUUGACAAGCUCAGGAAUCGCCUCUGACACUGAUGAUACGUUCCAAAAGCUCAAACAAAAGCACCCAUCUGAUAGAAUCUUGUCAUCCAACACCGAACCAUCAUCUCCACCGACUAGUCAACCUAUCCAAAUAUCAGAAAAUACUUUUAUCUCGUCUUUACAAGGAUGCCCAAACGGUUCCAGUGCUGGAAACGAUGGAUGGCGAUUUGAGCAUUUAAAAAUGCUCUUGUACUCUGAUCUGACCUGGAAAGCUCUUUUCAAUGUCUGCAACCUGAUUCUUGGGGGGUUGUGUUCCUGAUUCUGUGAUGAACGCUAUGGCUGGAGCA